AUGCACUGGAAAUUGUUUGCAGCCGGUCUGCUGCUCGGUGGCACUCUGCUCGGAUCGGAUGGCCAGCACAUGCGAUGGUUGUCUUCGCAGCGUGAUCUCUUGAGGACGGUAAGCUCCUUCAAGAAAAGCCCGGAGAGUGGCCCUGUAGCCACUGUAGCUAUAAACCCCUCGGUGGUGAGCCCAGCUUUUGCUGCUCUCGGAGUUUCUGGAGGUCCGGCCAGCCCGAGUCCUCCUGGUCCUGUGGCCACCGCAGCCAUAAACCCCUUGGGGGUGAGCCCAGCUUCGGGAGAAGCUUAUCAGGGUGCUGCUCUCGGAGGUCCGGCCAGCCCGAGUAAUCCAGCGGAGACCGCAACAGCACAUGAAGCACACAUACCGAACUGCCCUGAGCUUUCCGCAGCCUUCCACUGGGGAUGGGAUGCAGCGUGCACAGCAUGGAAGCAGCACGAUGAGACCUGUGAGCUUUUCAAUGCUUCUGAGAUUAGCAGGAAUGCCUCCCUUUUCCUAGAGGUGGCGAGGCGAUCCAGGGACCGGAGCUAUCAUCCCAGCCUAGCGAGGCUGCAAAUUCGUUUGCUUGAGGCCAAGCAAGCCGGGAGACCUCUGCGCGUUCUCACCAUGGGCCCUUCAAACACAGUCGGGAGGGGAUGCAGGGAAAAAAGUAACAUGUACUGGGCGUCGGCUUUGGAAAAGCUAUCCAAGCUGGAGAACAGCCCCUUGCAGCUGGAAGUCAUAGAGGGGGCAGUGGCAGCCACGCCGUUCAAAGAGGCUUGGAGCCGCGUGCUGAUAGGCUACGAGAAGGAUGAGACAUUGGACCUGAUCAUCCCGGAUUACGCGGUCACUUGUGUGGAUGUGCAAAGCAACAGACAUCAAGCUUUCGUCAUGCAUGCGCAUGUGCGAAAUUGGAAGCGCCCCCCUGCAUUGUUAUUCAUCGAAACUUAUACUGCCAAUGUCAUGGCCUCCAUGGGGCAGGUUCAAUGGGAGAAGCUCGAUGCAUGCACAUAUUCAGGCGCUUUUGAGGAAUUCGACCCCUUCUACCCGGUGCUGCGCAGCCUCAGAAUCCCAAUGCUAAGUUAUCCAGAUAUCGCCUGUGCCCUGCCCCAUCUCGGGCAUCCCUCUGACAGUGUGAGCGGCAUACCUUACCUUUUUACUUACAAGGGUGCGUCAUCGCACCAUUAUGGCUGUGGGGUCCACUUCAUCCAAGCCCAAAUGAUUUACAUGAACUUGCUUCAGAUUCUGCGGCAGGCCUGCAUCGAUGGCUACCCUGCCACGCUGGAGGCAGCUCGAGCCAAUGAAGUAGAAUUGAAGCUGCAGCAGAGUGACCAAAGCUUCUCCGUUGAGGACAGGUGCAAGAUGAGCCUCAUCACCUACUUAUCCCAUUUCAGUGAGAUGAGCUUUCCCGGCAUUGUAGCCAAUACCUCCAAGUGGCGUUUUGGGGCAGAUCGACCGGGCAAGUUUGGCUGGAUUGCUAACUGGGUUCCUGAAGCCAAUCAGAUGGACGUGCCUGACCUGCCUGGCCGUGCGCAGGUCCCUAGGCAUAAGGUCCACUACUCUCAGUAUGACGGGCUGGGCCCUAAAGAGAUUGUUUUCGUGGUGAAGCUCAGGCUGGGUCUGAUUCUCCUUGAGUUUCUGUCAACGUACCAGAACAUCGGGUCUGUGUGGUGCCAGGUUGAGGAGAUGUCUGGGAAGGUUAUCGCUGAACCAGUCCGCAUCGAUGGUCUAUGGUCCACGAAAGCAUCCUUGGCAAACUCUGCCAUACUCAACGCCAGCACGUCGCGCGCCAGCGACGCAGCUGUGCGUUGCACAUGUGAAGAGAACAAGUUCAAGUUUCUUUCCGUGUCCGCGUGCUAA